GGGCUUACACCAGCCACUCAGAGAGUCGGGCGCGAUCCCGUUAGUUUCCCCACUAGGAGGCGGGAAAACCCCUGCUAGCCCCCGCUAGGAGGGCGCGGGAAGGGCGGAGAGGCUUUCUUAGGGUUAGGGUUAGGUGAGGCUGAGCUUCGCUCGGGGAUGUUAGGCCGGUGGAGCGGAAGUUUCUUCUGGCUGGUUCCUUCUCCCUCGUUUAGGCCCCAAUUCCUACAGUUUGAGAUAUCAGUGGAAGCAUUUCCCUCACUUCGGGAAAACGGCGGCGGCGGCGGCGGCAGCGGCGACGCGGGGCUGGUGGUCUUGCGGUGCCGGGAAGACGGCGAGACAGCCUGCAGAAUGCCGCGCGCCGCACUGCCUUUGCUCGUGCUGCCCCUGGCAGGGGUGGUGGCGGCCGAAGAGACUACCCAAGAGCCUGGGGCGCCGGGCGAGCAUCCCCCGGGAUUGGCGCUCUUCCGCUGGCAGUGGCACGAGGUGGAGGCGCCCUACCUGGUGGCCCUCUGGAUCCUGGUGGCCAGCCUGGCCAAAAUAGUGUUUCACUUGUCUCGGAAAGUAACAUCUCUGGUGCCUGAGAGCUGCCUGCUGAUUUUGCUGGGCCUGGUGCUAGGGGGCAUUGUUUUAGCUGUGGCCAAGAAAGCUGAGUACCAGCUGGAGCCAGGCACCUUCUUCCUCUUCCUGCUGCCUCCUAUCGUGCUUGACUCAGGCUAUUUCAUGCCUAGUCGGCUGUUCUUUGACAACUUGGGUGCCAUCCUCACCUAUGCUGUGGUGGGAACACUCUGGAAUGCCUUCACAACAGGCGCUGCCCUCUGGGGCCUACGGCAAGCUGGAUUUGUGGCCUCUAGGGUACAAGCUGGCCUGCUGGACUUCCUGCUAUUUGGGAGCCUCAUCUCAGCGGUGGACCCUGUGGCUGUGCUGGCUGUCUUUGAAGAGGUGCACGUCAAUGAGACUCUCUUUAUCAUCGUCUUUGGCGAGUCCCUGCUCAAUGAUGCAGUCACUGUGGUGCUGUACAAAGUCUGCAACUCCUUUGUGGAGAUGGGUUCUGCCAACGUGCAGGCUGCUGACUACCUGAAGGGAGUCGCCUCCCUGUUUGUGGUCAGUCUGGGCGGGGCAGCCGUGGGCUUAGUCUUUGCCUUCCUCCUGGCUCUGACCACACGCUUCACCAAGCGGGUCCGCAUCAUCGAGCCCUUGCUGGUCUUCCUCCUCGCCUACGCAGCCUACCUCACUGCUGAAAUGGCCUCACUCUCCGCCAUUCUUGCGGUGACCAUGUGCGGCCUGGGCUGUAAGAAGUAUGUGGAGGCCAACAUCUCCCAUAAAUCACGUACAGCUGUCAAAUAUACAAUGAAGACUCUAGCCAGCUGUGCUGAGACUGUCAUCUUCAUGCUGCUCGGCAUCUCGGCUGUGGAUUCAUCUAAAUGGGCCUGGGACUCCGGGCUGGUGCUGGGCACCCUCAUCUUCAUCCUAUUCUUCCGAGCCCUUGGCGUAGUCCUGCAGACGUGGGUGCUGAAUCAGUUCCGGCUGGUCCCUCUGGACAAGAUUGACCAAGUGGUGAUGUCCUAUGGGGGCCUCCGGGGGGCUGUGGCCUUUGCUCUCGUCAUCCUACUGGACAGGACCAAGGUCCCUGCCAAGGACUACUUUGUGGCCACCACUAUUGUGGUGGUCUUCUUCACAGUCAUUGUGCAGGGCUUGACCAUCAAGCCUCUGGUCAAGUGGCUGAAGGUGAAGAGGAGUGAGCAUCACAAACCUACCCUGAACCAGGAGCUGCAUGAGCACACUUUUGACCACAUUCUGGCUGCAGUGGAGGACGUUGUGGGGCACCAUGGCUACCACUACUGGAGGGACAGGUGGGAGCAGUUUGACAAGAAAUACCUGAGUCAGCUGUUGAUGCGGAGGUCAGCCUAUCGUAUCCGGGACCAAAUCUGGGAUGUGUACUACAGACUCAACAUCCGGGAUGCCAUCAGCUUCGUGGACCAGGGAGGCCACGUCUUGUCCUCUACAGGCCUCACUCUGCCCUCUAUGCCCAGCCGCAAUUCUGUGGCAGAGACAUCUGUCACCAACCUGCUGAGGGAAAGUGGCAGUGGAGCAUGUCUGGAUCUGCAGGUGAUUGACACGGUACGCAGUGGCCGGGACCGUGAGGAUGCAGCAAUGCAUCAUCUGCUCUGUGGAGGCCUCUACAAGCCACGACGCAGGUACAAAGCCAGCUGCAGCCGCCACUUCAUCUCCGAGGAUGCACAGGAGCGGCAGGACAAGGAGGUAUUUCAGCAGAACAUGAAGCGGCGGCUGGAGUCCUUUAAAUCCACCAAGCACAACAUUUGUUUCACCAAGAGCAAGCCACGACCCCACAAAGCUGGCCGCAAGAAGAAGGAUGGUGUGGCCAAUGCUGAGGCUAUAAAUGGGAAACCUCCUCGAGAUCUGGGCUUUCAGGACACAGCUGCUGUGAUACUAAAUGUGGAGUCUGAGGAGGAGGAGGAGGAGGAGAGCGACAGUUCAGAGACAGAGAAGGAAGACGACGAGGGGAUCAUCUUUGUGGCUCGGGCCACCAGUGAGGUUCUCCAAGAGGGCAAAGUCUCAGGAAGCCUUGAGCUGUGCCCGAGCCCACGGGUAAUUCCUCCUUCACCAACUUGUGCAGAGAAGGAGCUACCUUGGAAGAGUGGGCAGGGGGACCUGGCAGUGUAUGUGUCUUCAGAAACCACCAAGAUUGUGCCUGUGGACAUGCAGAUGGGCUGGAAUCAGAGCAUCUCAUCCCUGGAGAGCCUCGCAUCCCCUCCCUGCACCCAAGCCACCACUCUGACCCGCCUGCCUCCCAGACAACAGGAUGCUGAAGAGCCUCAGGCCCUUCUUGACCUGUCUUCUGACCCCCACCCUAGUUUUGCCUUUCCCCCAAGCCUGGCUAAGGCUGGCCGCUCUCGAAGUGAGAGUAGUGCUGACAUCCCCCAGCAGCAGGAGCUGCAGCCCCUCAUGGGCCACAAGGACCACACUCAUCUUAGCCCAGGCACUGCUACCUCCCACUGGUGUAUCCACUUCAACAGAGGGGCCAGGCUGUAGCCCAGGGCCUUCGGAAGGAGCAGGAGGUAGAGCCCCUGCGGGAAGUAUUCCCUGGGCAAUGGGGAUAGUAGCUUCUUUAGCUUGAUAUAGGGGCAGAGUGGCCUGGACUGAAGUACCAACUAGGCCUCCUUGGAGCUGGUCAAGGGGGUCUCCUUCGCUGGUUCUCAUAGGGACCCUUAUAACUUCCCUGCUCCUAACCCUUUACACCUUCUAUUUCACUAAUGGCUGAGGACCCAGUCCAGAGUUCUUGGGGCUAGGCCAAGAUUUGGGUAGCUGAUGUCCCUUCCCCAGGGGGUCUUCCUGGGGUCACCAUAGACAGCUGUUCCUACCUCCAUGCAAGGAUGUCAUUUCUCAGUGGAUACCGGGCUUCCCUGCCCUCUACCCCCUCUCCAGCACCAGGUCAGGGACAAUGUCCUGGCAGUGAAGCUCAGUGAGGGGCUGGUCCUCAGAGGGGCUGCAAUGGGAGAUAGAGCAGGCCUCAACCUGUUGGGUCAGCUACCCACAGUCAAUUAUUUUUAGGGUAGUGGGAAUCUCUGCCUCCAUUUCUUGUUAUAGCCCCUUUCCUUUGCUGCCAGGUAUUGGGGCAUUGGUUCCUCCUUUUCCAGGAUCAGAGCCAGACUUCAGUUCAGGGAUGCUUCUUAGCCAGGGUCCUUCUGGGGAUCUGCUCCUCUGGGUCUAAGUCCGGAACUUUCUGAUCCUUGGAUCUGGGUUUACUAAGAUGGGAUCCAGUAGUCUCUGGGUUUCUGUGCCACCACCUCAGCAUUCCCCAAACAGGAAAAGGAAUGCAGGAAUCCUAGGGCCACUGCUCCAUUCCUCUGGGGGGCUGGGACACCUAGCUGCAAUGUGUGAAUGGGUGAGUAGCAGGUGGCUUUCGUGGUGUUAGUCCUUGUGUUGUGUUUUGUACUUUGAACCUAAGAUACAUUAAAUAUCUGUCAGAUGGAAA